CAAUUGAAUUUGAACAUAAUUAGGAAAGUUCACAGCUCAAAACAAAUUGGUGAGGAACCAGUGACAUCAGAAGCUGACUAACUGAAUAUGCUCUUAGGAAGCAAAAGCAGACACGGAACCAUUUAUUCAGGAAUUUCAGUCGGGAUGUUGGUCGGUGUCAGUUCAUCUGCCUUUCUCCCAGGUGACCAGCUCCAGUUGGCCAACAUGCUAGUGUUCAUUUUCCUGGCCGUGAGGCUAAGCUCAGAAAACGAAUCCUCUUCCCAAACAAAUGAUUGUGCAUAUUUCAUGCGGCAAUGCUUGACUGAUACAGAUGGCUGUAAGCAGUCAUGGAGAUCAAUGGAAGACGCCUGCCUUGUCUCAGUGCGCCCUCCCAGUGUUGACUCAGCGUUUGGGGGACAAAAGACAGGACUUCUUUGGAGAUCUCUGAGGAAAUUAAGGACCAAGGGGCCUGGUGACUCCUGCAAGAUAAAUAAUCCAUUGCCUUGUAACCUGAGUAUCCAGUCUUUGGUGGAAAAACAUUUUCAAUUUAAAGGGUGUCUUUGCACUGAUGAUCUCCACUGUACAGUAAACAAAAUUUUUGGAAAAAAGUGCACCAAUAAGACAGAAGACUCACCACUGCCCUCCAAUCUGGCGCCAAGGUCAAAUGUUCCCCGAUGGUUCCCAAGGAGAGAUUCGUCUUCACUGGCUGUAAGGAAGGCUGACUGCGUCGCGGCUGCCGAGGCCUGCCAGGAAUCGGAGCACUGCGCACUGCUCCAUGAGAACUUUAAGAACGCCUGUGACACAGGAACAGCUCAGUGUCGCACUCUUAGCGGCCGACUGAAGUGUGUGGGCCUAAGACAGCGCCUGAGACAGACGGUCCUGUGGGAGUGUCGCUGCGGUCUCCCUUUAGAAAAAGACUGCGUUCAGAUUAGGAAAAGCCUGUUUGGAGACAUUUGCGUACAGGAUGCUCAAAUGGAACAAAUUCCCACCUUCAGUCAAGACAACCAAGAUGGAUUCAAGGAGGACGUUGCUUCAGGAUUCAAACAGAUGCAGUCUUGUUUGGAAGUGACAGAGGCGUGUGUAGGGGAUGUGGUUUGUAAUGCACAGUUGGCCCUUUACCUUAAAGCAUGCACAGCAAAUGGAAAUCUGUGUGAUGUGAAACACUGCCAAGCGGCCAUACGGUUCUUCUAUCAAAAUAUGCCUUUUAACACUGCCCAGAUGUUGGCUUUUUGUGACUGUGCUCAAUCUGAUAUACCCUGUCAACAAUCCAAAGAAACUCUUCACAGCAAGCCAUGUGCACUGAACGUAGUUCCACCCCCCACUUGCCUCAGUGUAAUUCACACUUGCCGAAAUGAUGAAUUAUGCAGGACAUACUACCGAACAUUCCAGACAGAAUGCUGGCCCCAUGUGGCUGGGAAGUGUCGUGAAGAUGAGACCUGCAUUAGUAUGCUGGGCAAGCAAGACCUUACUUGUUCUGGGAGUGACAGCUGCAGGGCAGCCUACCUAGGAACCUUCGGGACAGUCCUUCAGGUGCCGUGUGCUUGCAGAAGCAUCACACAGGGUGAAGAACCCUUGUGCAUGGCUUUCCAGCACAUGCUUCACAGCAAAUCAUGUUUCAAUUACCCAACUCCUAAUGUCAAAGACAUUUCCUCAUAUGAAAGAAAGCAUUCAAAAGAAAUUACCCUGACUGGAUUCAAUUCUCCCUUCAGUGGAGAACUAAUCUAUGUUGUUGUGUGCAUGGUAGUUACCAGCGGGAUUCUUUCCUUGGUGAUGCUCAAGCUAAGGAUACCUAGUAAGAAAAGAGACCCCGCGCCCAUCGAAAUAGCUGGAGCUGUCAUCAUUCAGUGAGCUGCAGCUCGCUAUCAACCACACGUCCGAGUGGCUAACCAAUGGAAGAUUACAUUUCCAAUAAUCUGAUUUAAGAUGGAUUUGACAAUACUUACUCAUUAUAUAUAACAAUGCCUGGUACAUUAAAGUAGCAUAAGGAUCACAAAUCUGUUUUUGUUUUCUAAAAUUAUUUGAGUAAAUACUUGUAGCUGUGUCAUAACUAGUUGAUAACAUUUUCUUUAAAGGCAACAGGUGUCAUGUAAAAUGUGACAGUUAAGCUGGAAGACUGUCAGUGCACAUAACAACUUCUAUCUUAUAGGACUCAUCAUAGUGUGCGUAUUUUUCUGAACAAUUCUGUAGUUUCUCAUUAAGUUUGGACAUUUGCUAUUUGCAUAUUCUUAGUGUCCAAUCAUUAAACAAAUUGGUAACAUUGAACAGAUUUGGUUAGAUAACUGUUUAUAAAAAUAAAAACUGACAUCCUAUGAAUUUUAUAGUUUAAAUAAUAUUGAAUUUUACUUUUGGUUUGGUGUGUGUUUUUUUUCUUUUUCUUUUUUCUUUUUUUUUUUUUUUUUCGGAGCUGGGGACCGAACCCAGGGCCUUGCGCUUGCUAGGCAAGCGCUCUACCGCUGAGCUAAAUCCCCAACCCCUGGUGUGUUUUUAAGUAUAUAAAGCAACUACAUUGUUUGAGAAAAGUCAAUGUUUGCUCCAAUAAUGAUAUAUUUUGUGAAUUUAUUUAUUUUUGCUGAUUAAUCAUCAUGAAAUAAUAAAGACAUCCUUAA